AUGGCUUCAGUAUCUUCAUAUUCCAGCGAUGAGAAUAUGCUGGAACAAAACGGAUCUAGGAAGAAGAGGAGGCUGUCACCCAUCGAGAAUCCCGUGCAGCAACCACUUGCCACCACUUCGCGCAUCAAAGCGAAACAGACCACCGCACCGUCACGUGUCCAAGCUGGAUCCGGAGCACCUGCGGCAUCAGAGAUAGCAAACGUUUCGGAGAAAGUCAGCUUUGCUUCGCUUGAUGUCUCUCCAUGGUUAAUUGCAUCACUAGCAUCCAUGGAAAUCAGGAGGCCUACCGGAAUUCAGCAAGCCUGUAUCCCAGAAAUAUUGAAGGGAAGAGACUGCAUCGGUGGUUCACGUACUGGUACAGGUAAAACAGUUGCCUUUUCGGUACCUAUCCUGCAGAAAUGGUCUGAAGAUCCGUGCGGCAUCUACGCCCUGAUGAUCACCCCUACCAGAGAGCUUGCUAUUCAGAUAUUUGAACAAGUAAAAGCUAUUGGAGCACGACAGUCCGUCAAGGUCAUCCUAAUCACAGGUGGUGCAGAUCAGCGCGAGCAAGCACUGCAGCUUGCCUCGCGCCCACAUGUAGUAAUAGCGACUCCUGGACGCCUCGCAGAACAUAUCAAGACAUCGGGAGAGGAUACUAUCUGCGGUCUGAGACGAGUUCGCUUUGUCGUCUUCGAUGAAGCAGAUCGUCUUCUCGCGCCCGGCAAAGGAUCCAUGCUUCCAGAUCUAGAGACAUGUCUAUCGGUUCUGCCCACACCGGAUCGGAGACAAACUUUACUCUUCACUGCUACCGUAACGCCUGAGGUCUUGGCUUUGAAGGAGCGACCGCGGACACCUGGCAAACCGCCGAUCUUUGUGUGUGAAGUCGACACCGAGACGCUGGCGGUUCCACCGAAGCUGCAGCAGCUGUACAUCAUGGCUCCAGUCACGCAUAAAGAGUGCUAUCUGCACGUCCUCCUUAGUACCCCAGAAAACCUCAAAAAGUCCGUCAUCAUAUUCUGCAACCGAACCAAAACAGCCACACUCCUAGAAUACAUGCUCCGACUCCUAGAACACCGCGUAACAGCCCUCCACUCCGGCCUCAAGCAAGUAGAACGAGUCAGCAACCUCGCCCGAUUCCGUGCCCAAGCUGCCAGAAUCCUCGUUGCCACCGACGUCGCAGCCCGAGGUCUCGAUAUUCCGGAAGUCGCGCUUGUCGUCAACUUCGAUGUCCCGCGUGAUCCGGACGACUACAUCCACCGCGUGGGUCGUACUGCGCGUGCGGGUAGGGUUGGUCACAGCGUUACGCUCGUCGGGCAGCGAGAUGUCGAUUUGAUUCAUGCCAUUGAAGAACGCGUUGGCAAGACGCUGGAGGAGUACGCGGAGGAGGGCGUCAGUAUAGAGGGUAGGGUUGUUAGGGAAGCUUUGAAGCCUGUUACUGAGAAGAAGAGGGAGGCGUUGCUGCAGAUUGAAGAGGGUAGGGAUGUGCUGGGGAAGCGCAAGGUGGGCAUGCAGAAGAGAAGGACUUGA